AUGUUCCGUGAGCACACUGCUCGUUUAGGAAGUUGCGAUGGGGCAUCUAUGCAUACGUCACGCGAGGCACGUCGACUUAUCAGGGAUCUCCAUAUGACCAUCCUUCCCGACUGGCCACCAAGCUCACCCAAUCUUAAUCCUAUCGAGAACGUAUAG